CCAACUUUCUCCACUUCCGAAACAACGUGGGCUGUGGAUGUGGCACAGAAGGAGACAGUCUGACGACGUGUCUCUUCUUGGCAGUGCUUACAAAAGUGCAUCGGGGACUGUUUUGCUAGGUCUUCGUGUUGUCAGGUUUCACUGCCAUGUUUGCCAGGUUUGCGUUGUGCUCUCUACAUAAAUGCAGAAUCCGAAGGUUGAAUGCCCCUCCAGUCUCUACCAGAGCCUUCUCCCAGGCUAAAUUUUCCCUCCCACGUCCCCAUGGGAAGUCCUUUGCGCACCGCAGCGAGCUGAAGCAGGCCAAACGCAUUGUGGUGAAGCUCGGGAGUGCCGUGGUCACCCGGGGGGAUGAGUGCGGCCUGGCGCUGGGGCGGCUGGCCUCCAUAGUGGAGCAGGUGGCCGUGCUGCAGAAUCAAGGCAGGGAGAUGAUGAUUGUUACGAGCGGCGCCGUGGCGUUUGGAAAGCAGCGACUGAGACACGAGAUACUGUUGUCUCAGAGCGUCAGACAAGCCUUGCACUCCGGACAGAACCAGCUGAAAGACAUGUCUGUACCGGUGUUGGAAGCCCGGGCGUGCGCUGCAGCGGGACAGAGCGGUCUGAUGGCGCUGUAUGAAGCCAUGUUCACCCAGUACAGCAUCUGCACGGCACAAAUUCUGGUCACAAACCUGGACUUUCACGACGAACAGAAGCGCCGCAACCUGAACAGCACGCUGCACGAGCUCCUGCGGAUGAACAUCGUCCCCAUCAUCAACACCAAUGACGCCGUUGUGCCACCCCCUGUUCCGAACAGUGACCUACAGGGGGUAAAUGUAAUAAGCAUCAAAGAUAAUGACAGUUUGGCUGCACGGCUGGCUGUUGAAAUGAAGGCAGACCUCCUUAUUGCCCUCUCAGAUGUUCAAGGCUUAUAUGACAGUCCCCCAGGAACAGACGAUGCCAAGCUCAUUGAUAUAUUCUAUCCCGGAGACCAGCAGUCAAUCACGUACGGCACCAAGUCCAGAGUUGGAAUUGGCGGCAUGGAAGCCAAGGUGAAGGCAGCGCUGUGGGCUCUGCAGGGGGGGACUUCUGUGAUAAUCGCCAACGGAACGGAUCCUAAAGUUACAGGACAUGUCAUCACGGACAUUGUGGAAGGGAAAAAAGUCGGCACGUUCUUCUCAGAGGUGAAGCCUGCAGGCCCCACUGUUGAGCAGCAGACAGAAAUGGCUCGGCAUGCAGGCAGAGCUCUGUCAUCGCUGCUUCCUGAACAGAGAGGAGAGAUCAUCUGCUGUCUUGCGGAGCUGCUUACAGAGAAGAAAGAGGAAAUUCUGAAUGCAAACAGAAAAGACAUGGAGUUGGCAACAGGUCGUUUGUCCCAGCCUCUGAUCAACCGCCUUAGUCUGUCAACCGCCAAGCUGAACAGCCUCGCCAUCGGCCUGCGCCAGCUCGCCGUGUCCUCCAGGAACAGCGUGGGCCGGGUGCUGAGGAGGACCAGAGUGGCAAACAACUUGGAGCUGGAACAGAUCACUGUCCCCAUCGGCGUGCUGCUGGUCAUCUUUGAGUCGCGUCCUGAUUGCCUUCCUCAGGUGUCUGCACUCGCUAUUGCCAGUGGAAAUGCUCUGCUGCUGAAGGGUGGCAAAGAAGCGUCCAACACCAACAGGAUCCUUCAUCAACUCACUCAAGAAGCACUCUCGAUCCACGGAGUUGCUGACGCCAUUCAGCUGGUAAGCACACGCGAGGAAGUUGAAGACCUGUGCAGGCUCGACAAAAUGAUCGACUUGAUUAUUCCAAGAGGGUCGUCCCAGCUGGUGCGGGACAUCCAAAAAGCAGCUAAAGGCAUUCCCGUGUUGGGGCACAGCGAGGGCGUCUGUCACGUCUACGUAGACAAUGAAGCCAGCAUAGACAAAGCCAUAGAUGUUGUCAAAGACUCCAAAUGUGACUACCCUGCAGCCUGCAAUGCGAUGGAGACCCUCCUCAUUCACAGAGACCUACUGCGCACUCCCAUAUUUGACCAAAUCAUUGACAUGCUGAGAACAGAGCAAGUAAAGAUACACGCUGGACCUCGGUUUGCAUCUUACCUAACUUUCAGCCCAUCAGAGGUGAAAUCCCUCCGAACAGAGUACGGGGACCUGGAGUGCUGCAUUGAGGUGGUGGAUAGCAUGCAGGAGGCCGUGGACCACAUCCACAAAUACGGCAGCUCCCACACGGACGUCAUUGUCACAGAGAACGAAGAUACAGCUGAGCAGUUUCUGCAGCAGGUGGACAGCGCCUGCGUAUUCUGGAAUUCCAGCUCCCGCUUCGCUGAUGGCUAUCGCUUCGGCCUGGGUGCUGAGGUGGGCAUUAGCACCGCAAGGAUACACGCAAGAGGUCCUGUGGGUUUGGAAGGACUUCUCACCACCAAGUGGGUCCUUCGAGGAGAGGGUCACACUGUGGCCGACUUCUCUGAACAAGGCAGUAUGAAAUACCUUCACGAAAACAUCCCUGUUCCACAUGGGAGUUUUAAUUAGGCGCCCAAAAUAGGAAGCUGUCAGCAGGAGCCAACAUAAGGGGUUUGUAUCUACAAGUAGCAUUUCACCAGGUGUAUGGUUCUACUCUGCAGAACAAUUGCUUAAAGAAUGAAAAUAUGCUUUUAUUGAUCAACCAAAUUCUCUUUUUGGUGAACCUUUGUAUAACCCAGCAAGCUGUUUUUCAGAUCCAUACAGCUGUCCUGAGAAACUGGUUGAUUCUAAGCUGAUAGGGAAUUAUGCUAAAAGUGCAGAGAUGAGACAUAAUGUUGACAUGGAUAAACAUCUUCCCCUUUAAGAGUCAUGUUUAAAACAGCCGAAAACAAAGUCAUUGCCCCAGUGGUGACUUUUCUAAUUUAUUUUUCUACCCACAAACUUCCCCCAUGUUUUUGCGACUGGCUCCAAGUGGCGUUUGUGUGGGAUUGUUUUCGAUUUAUUUAGCUGUUUUUCAUCAUAGCAGAUAAUCAAAUAAAAAUGGUGUACAGUUCUUUAAACAUGACUUUGUGUGUUAUAUUUGAUACUGAAAAAUCCAAUAAACUGGCAUUUCUAAAUGUUUACCGUUGCUAACAUGCAGUAGUAUCAGCGUUCUGCUCU